AUGCCACCCGAUCUCAACAGCCUGCCAUCGAGCAACUCCAGAGCACCCUCAAUGUCUGCCUCACCACUCUCACACCGACCACGGAGAAUAUCGAUAAGCACCGCCGACAAUGCACGACCAAGUCCACCCUCACCGCGAUCUCCUUCGCUAUCCUCCCUGCAGGCAGCAGCUGUGAUCAAUUCCGGCUUGCACCGCUCUCCAAGCAGAGCAUCACCUAGCAUCGAGCGCCGACGAUCCUCACUCAUGAACAACAUUCAGCUCAAUGAUCCAACCAUACCGGCACCUGGCGAGCUGCACCAAAGCAAUGGCAGCAAUGGAAGUAGCUCUGGCAGUCCGCGACUGGGUAGGAGGUCGUUCGCGCUACCUACAGCAGAUCCGCACCAUCAGCGACAGCCAAGCUUGGGAGAGUUGCAUCAAGAACUCGAGAACGAGCAAGAAGCGCAAGUCAACCGGCUACUACAUAUGAUCAGAACCCAGCAAGACCAGUUGGCUGCGCUACAACGGGGCACGGGAGAGCCUUCAUCCAGCGUAGUGGACACUGCACCUGCAUCUGCACUCUCUGCAGCAGCAGUCAGCUCUGCCAUCUCAGAUCACCCUUCGCCUCGUGUCACCUCAACGUCACACGCUGCUACCCAUUUCCAUCACCCGCAUUCGCUCUCUAGGCAGUCAUCGUCACGUUUGUCAAAUGCAGGAUCAAACAGCAGGGGCACUUCACCUGCCCUGCGACCUCAGUCGUCAAGCUUGGGACCUCUGACGGAGGACUUCUUGUUAGGUGGCACGAGGGACGAGUGCGCGUUUUAUCAAGCCGAGACUCAGAUGUUGACGCGAGAAAACCAAAUGCUGAAAUUACGGAUCCGAGAGCUCGAACGGCAAGUAUCUGAUAUGGGCGGUUUGUCGUUGACGGGCCCACCUCAGCAACAAGCAAGCACUGCCUUACCUUCGCAUCAUUCGCCGCUUGCAAGCCCACCUGCCACAUUUGCAGGACAGUCUGCUCCAACGAUGACUGCGGAGGCUGAGACUACCGCCAAGGUUGAGUGA